CGAUCAUCUCUGACCAGCAGCAUGAGUGUGCAGUCAGGCAUGCAGAUCGCUAUCAUUGGCGGCGGUGUCUGUGGGCUUACCUGUGCGGCCGCUCUGGCUCAGAAGGGCAUUAACGCACAUAUCUAUGAGGCUAGGGCCAAGCUCGGCGAGAUCGGUGCUGGAAUCGGAUUAGGGUGCAAUGCACUUGCUAUCAUGCGCGAGCUUGGAUCUUAUGACGACAUCCUCGCGAACACGGCGGAGCCCGGACGUCCCAAUCUCCGCGGCUUUAGCUUGGUCUUAGGUGCCGAUGGGCAUGAAGAGCUAUACACCAGGCCGACGCCACCUGAAGAGUAUGGUGCGGCUAUUCAUAGAGGAGCGUUUCUCGAAACACUUGCCAAGCAUAUCGACCCAGCAUACAUUCACUUUAACAAGCGCGCGAUUGCGGUUACGACAACGGAGGGCAAGACCGAUCAGUCCGUGAUUACGUUCGAGGACGGGACUACCGCCAAGGCAGACGUCGUGCUGAUCGCGGACGGCGUGAAGUCGUCUCUCCGUAGUGUAGUUACCAGCCAAGAUGUGAGGGAGACGCUGUCAUUCAGCAACACGGUCUGUUAUCGCGGGCUUGUCACACAAGAGCAGGCUGCCGCACGGGGCGUGGACACAAGCUACUGGGACCGUCCAUCCGUGUGUCUCGGGGCUGGCAAGCAUAUAGUCAUAUAUCCCAUCUCUAAGGGCGCGGUAAUUAACAUUGCCGCCUUUGUGGCGCGGUACGACGUGCCAAUCGGGCAUACUAGCAUCGCUCGGAGCCCAGAGCAGCCCUCAGUGGAAGUCGUCUCUAACCAAGAGCUGAUGGAUCAAUAUACCGACUUCGGCGGCAGUAUCCGUGCUGUGCUUGGGUGCAUCGACAAGCCGAACAAGUGGUAUAUUAGCGUUGUGUACCCACACCUGAAGACAUACGUGCGAGGCAAGGUGGCGCUGCUCGGGGAUGCGGCACAUGGUAUGCUGCCUCACUUGUAUGCUGGAGCUGGGCAAGGUGCCGAGGAUGGGUGGCUCUUAGCACAGUUGCUCAGCCAUCCUCAGACAAGUGCACAAAACGCGGAGGAAGUGCUGGAAAUCUACGACGAACUCCGAAGACCCCGCUCUCAAAAGAUUUGGGACCAGACCCUGGAGGCUGGAAAAGUGCAGGAUGGAAUGGGUCUAGGUGGGCUCACGGCAGAUAGCGUAGUAGCGGGCCAGCAGCUCGACUAUAUCAACAGCUAUCAAUUGGGUGAGGAUGUUCGGGAAGCUGUUGAGCUGUUGAAAGCUAGAGGUGUCUUCGCGUAAAUCCUAUAACCUCUAUCACGUCGCGUGAGCCAUAUUUACAUGCCUCUCUGGUCUCUGAUAUGACUUCAUACUACCAUGUCGCUUACAUUUAUUGUACUUGUGAUAUCCACAAGCACUACG